UUGCUGGGCUAUCUCUUCAACUGGUGUCUUCAUGGAGCGUUGUCCGUCCAAGUUUACCUUUUUUAUCUGUCAUUUCCGAAGGAUAGAACAGUCACCAAGGCUCUGGUGUACAGUGUCUAUCUUGUAGAGUGCGCACAGACCCUUCUCGUCACCCACGAUGCCUUCAACACAUACGCACUACACUUUGGGGACAUCGCCGUUUUGGAGUCGGCUCAGUUGGAGUGGCUUGCAGUGCCAAUUAUGAGUGGUGUUGUCAGCUGCGCAGUGCAAAUGUUUUAUGCGUAUCGCGCGAGCGUGCUGUCCAGCUCGAAGUUGCUGGGUCUCUGUAUAGCCUUCGUACGUUGCAGACUUCUGCACCACCCACAGUUUGCUUGA